AAAAAAGAGUGGACGUGAGCAAACUGUCACGUGAUGCAGCAGUUCACGUGACCAGGACUACACAUGACUUCCAGUCCACAGGCGCUUCCCGAAGAGCAAGGACGCAAAGAAGCAGAGAUGCUCCGAGCCGCGCUGUCUCCGCUGCUCUUGCUGCUGCUGGUGUCCUGCGCGUCCCAGGGCGAAGCAGCUCCGGACCAGGAUGAAAUCGAUUGCCUCCCCGGACUGGCCAAGCAGCCGGCUUUCCGGCAGUACUCCGGCUACCUCAAAGCAUCGGAUUCCAAGCACUUCCACUACUGGUUUGUGGAGUCGCAGAAAGACCCAAAGAACAGCCCCGUGGUACUUUGGCUCAAUGGGGGUCCCGGCUGCAGCUCCCUAGAUGGGUUUCUUACAGAGCACGGCCCCUUCCUGAUCCAGCCAGAUGGUGUCACCCUGGAGUACAACCCCUAUUCAUGGAACCUGAUCGCCAACAUGCUGUAUAUCGAGUCCCCAGCCGGGGUGGGCUUCUCCUACUCAGAGGACAAGAUGUAUGUGACCAAUGACACAGAGGUGGCUCAGAACAAUUAUGAAGCCCUUAAAGACUUCUUCCGCCUCUUUCCGGAGUACAAGGACAACAAACUUUUCCUGACGGGAGAGAGCUAUGCCGGCAUCUACAUCCCCACCUUGGCUGUACUGGUCAUGCAGGAUCCCAGCAUGAACCUUCAGGGGCUGGCUGUGGGCAAUGGACUCGCCUCCUAUGAGCAGAACGACAACUCGCUGGUCUAUUUCGCCUACUACCAUGGUCUCCUGGGGAACAGGCUUUGGACUUUGCUGCAGACCUCCUGCUGCUCUCAGAACAAGUGUAACUUCUAUGACAACAAAGACCCCAAAUGCGUAAACCAUCUCCAGGAAGUGUCUCGAAUUGUGAGCAGCUCUGGCCUCAACAUAUACAAUCUCUACGCCCCAUGUGCUGGUGGAGUGCCUGGCAGUGAUAGAUCUGGGGACACUCUUGUGGUCCAGGAUUUUGGCAACAUCUUCACUCGCCUGCCAAUCAAGCGGACACGGCAUCAGGGGCUGCUGCGUUCUGGGGACAAGGUGCGCUUGGAUCCCCCCUGCACCAACACCACGGCUCCGUCUACCUACCUCAACAACCCGUAUGUCCGGAAGGCCCUCCACAUCCCCGAGAAGUUGCCCCGCUGGGACAUGUGCAACUUCGUGGUGAACUUACAGUACCGCCGGCUCUACCAAAGCAUGAACUCCCAGUACCUGAAGCUGCUCAGCUCACAGAAAUAUCAGAUCCUGCUAUACAAUGGCGACGUGGACAUGGCCUGCAACUUCAUGGGCGAUGAGUGGUUUGUGGACUCCCUCAACCAGAAGAUGGAGGUACAGCGUCGGCCCUGGCUGGUGGAUUACGGGGAGAGUGGGGAGCAGGUAGCCGGCUUCGUGAAGGAGUUCUCCCACAUUACCUUUCUCACCAUCAAGGGCGCUGGACACAUGGUCCCCACGGACAAGCCCCGGGCUGCCUUCACUAUGUUCACUCGUUUCCUGAACAAGGAGCCUUACUGAUGUCUGAGGGGACCCGUGGAAGUCCUCAGAUCCAGCCCCUCCCAGCCUCUCUCAAGAGAGUGGGCUCCUUUAUGCAAAAUGCCCCUGUGGGGCAAGUCCUGCUCUAAAACUGCCCAGACUUCCCACAGCCCUGUGUAUCCCGGCCUUGGCCUUGGGCCAUCACAGAGACAGCCUAGGUGGGGUGACCUGACCUCCUCACCUGCUUUUAAAAAAAAUGCUCCAUCCCAGGACCCCAACAGAACUCUAGAGUAGCCCAAGGAGAGGGGGUGGAUGGAUUGUAAUUGAUGGUUGACUGAUUAUGAAAUUAAAUCGGGUAUAGCGUCCAA